GUAGCCCCGUCAUGUGACUAGCGGGUUUCGGUGUGUGGGUUACGUUCGGCUAUGGUGGACAAACUCGAUAAUGCUGAUAUUAAAUAAUACAGCACCAUGUUUGCGAAAAUAUUCUCUUUUAGCCAUAGAAAAACUGGAAAAAAGGCACUCGAAAAUGAUCUGGAAACUACCUGGCUUUUAGACUCGCAAAGUGCAUUCCCCCUCUUGGAACCCAGUGACAUCCGGGUAUUAGUGUUUAGAGAUUGUGACAGAAAAGGGAAGACAUUGUUAUUCGACUCAAAAGUCGCAAACAAGCAAAAUGAAAACUCACAGGGAUCAUCUUCAGCUAAGAUACCAACUGCCGAUACCACCAAGAAAACUACACCAGGAAAAUCAGAUGAGGGAAAAUGCCCCAGAUCAAAACCACCACACAAGAGCCGCAAGCCAAGCCAUGAUUCUAAGAUGCUUGGUGAGAUGCUGUUUGGAUCAGUUGCCAUGGCUUACAAAGGGUCAACUGUGAAAGUUCAUCUUAUAAGGUCUCCUCGCCAGCUUCUUCUAUCAAAAGUCUUUGCUCUGAAGCCAAGGCUAAUCAUACCUCAUUGCUGCAGUGAGCCGAACAUGGGAAGCUACACGAGCAACACAAGCCUGAACACUGACUCCAUCCUGGAUGAUAGCAGCAGUCGCAUUGAGACAGACUCUGUAUCGCUGUCAUCUCAGAACGGCAGCCCUAAAGAUGCAAGUCUGCUGAUGGCUACGUCACACCCCAUGGCCGUGCCAGGGACACCAGCUAUCCCUAUAGAACCUGAGGAGGACAGUGGAUUCAUGGCUUCUAUAGACAGUAAUUCUUUUGCUGGAAGCAUGACAUCUCUUUACACCCCUUCCUCUUCUCCAUGUGGGAGCUUCCAACGGCGACUUUAUCGAAGUCAGGUGACGAGUAUUGACAGUGGCUUCAACAGUAGAAAGAGGGAUGAUGUCGGAGAGAUGUCACCUGUUCUGAGACGACAACCAAAGAUUGGUUUGGGGAUUAUUUUUCCUCUUAGUGAUAGUGAAGAUAAAAGCAGGGUUUUGCAGGGCUAUUUCUUUUCUCACUUCCCUCUGUUGGAGUCCCAUGUACAUCGGCUCAGAGUAGCUGUGGAAAGUGCUGCUUUCUCUAAAAAGUCCUUCUCUUCCCUUGUUGAAGAGGCUGUCGAGAAUUUCUGCAAGGAAAUAUGUGGUGAGCUUGUUGCUCCUCGAUUAAAGGAACCAGUUUGGUUGAACAUGAUGACAUUCCAGGAUCACAGAACAGAGUUAUGUGAGAAGUUCAUGGACCAAUUCAACACAUGUCUUAGUCAGUGCAAUAAUAGAGAGACCAGCUUCUUCUUGGCUUCCCUUCUUACUGCGGUGUUGACCCAUCAUCUUGCCUGGGUGCCGACGGUGAUGCCAGCAGGAGCAGCCCCCAGUAGAACCUACCUUGAUAAACACUCCUCUAAAACGCUUGAUCUUCUUGCCCAGUCACAUCCUUACAACCCGUUAUGGGCCCAGCUCAGUGAUUUGUAUGGUGCAAUCGGCUCACCGCUCAAGCUAUCACGCACAAUCGUCGUCGGAAAAAAUAGCAAACUAGUCAACCAAGUUAUCUAUAUUCUAAGCUACUUCAUUCGCUGCACCGAGGUCUUCGAACACACAAUCCACUGUAAGGAGCCCUUACAAACAAUUGCGGAUGUGAACAUAGAAUCUUGCUGUUUCUGUAAAGGUGAUAUCACCGUGUUACAUGAACAUAACAUUUGCUCUUCUUGUAUGGAGGAGAGCGGAAUUGGUAUAUGUGCAGUGUGCAGAAAAAUUACGCUACAAGAACUGGACUCUUCGAAAUAUAUUUCUGGUAAAUCUACUUGCUCAUUGGAUCAAAUUCUUGGAAUUCCAACGUGCGUGAAGUGCGGCUUGCUUCAAAGAGCUUUUGACGAUCAUGAAAUCAUCCGAACAAAUAGUAUGAAUGGUAAUAGUGGAUGCUUGCCAAAAUGGGCUGUUGCUAAGGAGUUUAGACAUUUUCAACGGGAUUUAAGUUACUGUGAACGUAGUGAAACAUUUCGUUGCUAUUGCUGUGAGAAGCCAGAAAGGGAGAAAUCCUCAUUUACGUGUUAUUGUCCUAAUGAUAACUGCGUUCACAAAUCAUUCGAGCAGGACUCGAGUCAUUGUAACGACCUUCCUAAUGAACCCAUCGAGAAUUUCACAACAUUUAUUAAACUAUUAUCACACGAUAUGUUUUGCAAACGAGUGGAGUGCAAGUGUGACAAAGAGGAUAAUCAGGAUUCCUUAGAAUCCAAAGACGCAUCGUCUGGUGAAACCGUAGCAUCAUAUGGGCGCAGUGGGUCGGCGGAUUCAGGUUUUCAUCAGAUGAACUCGGAGUGCGUCACCCCAGGGCGGAGAGCUGCUAGUAUUGAUCAGCUUAGUGUUGAUACCUUGGAAAAUGUGGAAGAGUUCGGUCCAGAGGAACUUGCGAUGCUAGGAAUGGCUUUAAGUCCAGAAUCUUCUGAAAACCCCAGCAAGUGCCUUUGUAGCGACCUGAAGAAGUCAAACAGUUUUGGAAGAAGUCUGUUUGCAGGGUUUUCCGAGACGUAUCACCCUGAUUUCGUCCUUCAGGGUCUACCAAGCAAAGACUUCCUACCCAGUCUGUACGGCGAUCUACGACUCUCCCUUCAGCACUCUGUCAUUGAUGAUCCAGUCACGGAAGCAGUUUGCAUUAUCGCCGAUACCGACACCUGGACCUGUGAACUGAUUUCAGCCAAUAAAAGCAAACGAAACUCCUCGAGCGAGGCUGUGACGGUACAGCCCAUUGAAGUCUCCAAUCUUAUCUUCUCCAUGCUGUCAUCUGUCAGUGGUCUCUCAGAUGUCAGGAUGUCAGCAGAGUUUUGUCUCAUGCAUUUGGAGGAUAGACUGAAAGAAAUCUACCUGAAAAGCAAGGUUGUUUCUGAAUGGCUGCGUGAUCGAAAAAGGCCUAUUACUAAGCCUGAGCUCGCAAAGACCCUUGGAAUUGAUGACAGCGACAUGAUGCUACUGCUGGCGGUAGCAAGUGCGCAUGCGCCGCAAGGAGUUGCAUGCAUCAGGCACUGAAAAAUACUUCGUCUCUUCACGUUCCAGACAUCACACUAGUCGGUUAACAGAUGCAAUGGCAAGUCUUCACGACACAUAACACUGUACGCGGUGCCUUACAGGGAAACAGAUGCAGUUGCGCGAAGCAACCCCAGUCACACUCGCUUGAAACAUUUGGGACGUUCUCAACUUCGCGUUUACACUAAGUUAAAACACAAGCUACCUAUAUUGUAUAUAUUCAACUGUUACCAUCUUGGUUCAUCCAAUAUUGUACAUUCUAGAAAUCCUAAGAAUUCUUGCAAUUGAGAUUAUGAGCUUCUCUCCAUGAUCAUCCUCCUAUAAAACACUAUUCGACACGUCCACAUAUAAGUGGAACUGUUUUAGCCGCUACUCUUUUAGAGAUUCUCGAACGGAUUUGUGUGACGAAAGGUGACGAAUCUUCAAUCAGAAAUUCAUUAUUCCAACCUUGAAAACGGUUGUCAAUCAACCAUUUCUUUGUUAUAAAUUCACGUGCCAUGGAAACCCUGACAUGGAAACGUACCUCAACUUACGUCAUGCAGCGCGCGCUUCGUUUGGUGCAAACCUGAAAAGGCGCGCGCUGCAUUCUGGUAGUUGGGGUGGGUUUCUAUUAUAAUGCGCGCGCAAACUUAUAGCUGGAAUGGCCUAUUAUUGGCUCCAGAAUCUUAUAAAGCAGGAGCUUUUUCUAGUUCCAGAAUUUAGCAAAAUUUUUUAUUUGCUCAGCAAGUUUACUGAAAAGAUAGUUUUGGACUGAGAUCUUAAAGCGAGUUUGGUUUAAGAGAGUUCUAAUGUGUCUCCAACGGCGAACUUCUCCUUUUCAAGGUCCAGAGGGUUUAUAAAUUUGUGCAUAUUUGUAAUUUAUAGAUGUGCCAAUGCAUGCAAUCAGGGGCCGGUUUCUAGAAAACAGGUUAGCGCUAACCCAGGAAUAAAUACGGCUAUCUCGACAUUUAAUUGGAUAAAAAUGACAUAUAGUAUCCUGGGUGCCAGAGGCUUGUCGCGAAAGUUUCUCAUGCACGCCCGUUUGCCCGUCGGAAUUCGUUCGUCGCGCUUUCGGUUUUUCGGCGGCGCGAGAGCCUCUGGAACCCCGGAUAAAAAAUAUUAACAUAAAACACAGCCCGAACAAGCAAACUUAAUUUAUUGACGCCAGAAGUCCGCAUAUGGACUUAGAAGUAUACAAGUAUAAGAUUUCUUUUUUAAUCAUCCAUGUCAUAAUUUCUCAGGCUAAGUGCAAACUUCGUAUCUUCCAUGAGCCUUAUUUAAUGCAAAUGCAUGCAAAUGAAGUUGAAACAAUCGACUCGAUUCAUUUGCAGGCAUUUGCAUUGAAUACGGCUCAUGGAUAAUACGACGUUUGAAAUUAACCUUAUUGUAUUUCCAUAAAAGAGUGGGAAUAUGGAGCUCAAAGCAACGGCAGGAGGGAGGGGGAGGGCAAUGUGUAGGGGUUCUCUAGCUAGGCUUGUGAUGGUGGGGAUGAAAACCCGUCAUCCCUUGCUUUAGUGGAGGGUAAAAAAAAGAGCCAUCAGGCUUAGUUCAAACGUCGGAUUAUCCAUGAGCCGUAUUCAAUGCAAUGAAUCAAGUCGAUUGUUUCAUCUUCAUUUACAUUGAAUACGACUCAUUGAUAAUACAACGUUGAACUUAGCAUUAUAUAUAUGAAUAAAAGAUAAGUACUUUAUGUGCUAUUCUGUAA